GUGUUCUGAUAAAUAAGAGACGGAAAGUACUGUAACACCGGUUCAACGCAUGCGUUAUAGUCACAGUACAAAAGGCGAACAACUUGAAAUUCAGACACAAAUGCGUCGUUUUGGGUUGUAAAUAAAUUUUCCAUCCAAAGUUGACGAUGUUUGGAGUUAAACGAGAUAUCAAGGAUUUUGAAUUCCAACAGCUGUGUAAAUUCCGUUUAUUCAAACCUAUUGCUGAUAGCCAUAAACAGAGAAAUUCUCUCUUGACUUGUUCAAGCAAAUAUGGACUUUGUUUUGCGGGGUUUGGAAAUAGUUUGCUUGGUUUCAAAAGUACGGACCUUCUACGACUGGACGAAGAAAAUAUUGAACAAAGGAGCCAGAAUAUCAUUGAAACUCUACCACUUCUCAAGAACUUUUGCCUCAGUGGGAAACUUCUAAAUGUAGCUAUUAGUUGUGAUGAUCUUGUUCUUGCUGUUGUCGUUGAGGCAGCUACAACUGUACUAUAUUUCUUUGAAACAAAAGCAUUCCUCAAUCCUGGAGAUAUCGGGCCAUUCCUAGUUCACAGCAUGGAGCCUGGGAUCCAGGUGAAAGACCUUGCUUGGAAUCCUAAAAUGCCAGAGUUACUUGCAGUCUGCUGUUCAAAUGGCAAUGUUAGUAUGUUCAAGAUUGCUGCUGACGUAAAAGUGGUUGCUGAAGUGUCUGUUGGUGCUUCUUGUUUAUGCUGGAGUCCCAAAGGCAAACAGUUAGUUGUUGGAACUAAAACAGGUGAACUGAAACAGUUUCAACCCCAGUUGACAAUAACAAAAAAUUGGCCUCCUCCAAACAACCUUGGUGAUGGUCAUCAUGAAGUCUUCGAUGUCGUCUGGGUUGCUACAUACAUGUUCAUUGCUGCAUACCAAAUUGCGGGUAGACGACAACCUGCAGUCCAAAUCGUGAAUGUCCCGAAAGCUGGAGAUCCUAGUUUCAUAAAUUUUAGAGACCCUUGUUUUGGUGCUGGAGAUCGAGACAAUAAAUAUAAUUUAGAACUUCUUAUUGGCUGGGACAUGGUUGUUUUGGCUUCAAGCAAUUCUUUAGAAGCUGCUAUUAUUGCCAGAAACUUAGAUACAGAAAAAUCUUGGGACCAUUGCAUGCUAGAAGAUAGUGCACGUGCUGAAGUUCCCUUAACAGCAGAGAAAUGUGAUAGCUUUCCUGUUGGACUCGCAAUUGACUAUUCAAACCAAAAACAGAUAAUAAUGAAUGAGGUAGAGAUAGGACCUUUCCCUGUGAUGCUGAUGCUGUCUACAGACGGUGUAUUAGUCCCAUUCUUCAUGGUUUACAAACACAAGGCAGCUGCCAGUAUGACUGUUCCAAUUGAAGCACUGAACCCAUCAGGACUACGUCCUCAAAUACCGGGAGUUACACAGCUGCCACAUAUUGCUCAGAGCCCUCCUGCAAAUGCUGCCACAGGAACACCAGCCCCUGCAGCACCACCUCCAGCUAUGGCAGCCCCUGCAGAGACAAGUUUUAAAUUUGGUCUGUUUGAUCAGAAGCCUGCUGAAAACAAACCUGCAGCACCUGUUUCAAGUGGUCCAUCUGCCCUUGACCAAGUACAACCUGCAAAACCUUCCUUAUUUGGUACACCUGGUACUAGUGUCUUUGGAAAUAUGUCUGGCUCACCACUCAUGGGUCAGCAGCCUAACGUAGGGUCAACAUCAACUAGUGCUCCCACUGCAGGACAGGGCUUGAACCAGACCCAGUUUGGACAGUCAAAGCCAGGCUUAUUCAGUUUCACUGGGAGUUCUACUACUACUACUACAACAUUUGGUUUGCAGCCACAGCAAUCUCAAGGUAUAUUACCAACACCUUCACCAGAAUACAAAACUGGUUCAGGCCCAGAUGCAUCUGCCAUUAGCAGCACCACUUCUGCAGCAGAAAUUAAACCCCUAGCUGGUACAUCAGCACCAAAUUCUUUCUCAUUUUCUGCUCAGCCAUUCAUGCAAGCCCCAGCUGUAGCUACAUCAUCAGCUCCUGUUUCAACCUCAACUGUACCCAUGUUUAACCCAGCUUCCAAUAACAAAUCCAAUAAUGAGAAGCCAAUACCAUUUGGAGCAAGUACCCUUCCAGAAAAUAACAAACCUUCAAUAUUUGGUGCGGCAUCUUCAAACAUCGGAUCCAAUCAGCCUGAAUUUUCUGCGGCCACAACCAUGGGUUCACCUGGACAAGGUUUCAGUUUUGGAGCUAAAGCUGCACCACUUCCAGCUACAACAGUUACUAAACCUGAUACUAGUGGUGUGUCAGCACAGCCCAAAGAACCAGCCAAGUUUGAAAUGUCAUUACCUGCACAAUCAACCACUCCCGCAAAACCUCUUGUACCUCAGAACAAUGUAAUGAGGUCUGCUUCAGGUGCUCAAAAACCUGUUAAACGCAAUGAAUCUGGUGGCAUGGUUUCAAAUACUGAGGUAGAACGCAAGCCACAGACAAGCACUAGUGAAGCUCUUGAGAGCACCUUUACAAAAAACAUAUUGGAAGAGAUCAACCACUUCCAGCAAGAAAUGAAUGAACUCAAAGUUCGAUCAAAGACUUGCUUCUCAACUGUUGGAACUGAAGACGAGAAACGCUUCUUGAAAACCAAAACUGAACAGAUGACUGGAUUCUGUAAAGAGAUCAAAAACAUUACUCAGAUUGUGCACAAAGAAAUUGAUGCAGAGAAAUUAUCUGUGUUUGAGAUGUUUGGCAUCCUGGAAGAAUGCCGUGUUAAGAACCGAUACCAUCAAGAUGUCAACUAUCACAAAAUGCUGCGUUUACAGCCAUUAGAUCCUGCCAGUGUCGACACAAUGAAUAUGCUACGACAACAGUUGAUGGCUGUCUCAAAUCGACUGACUGACAUUAAUACUGUCUUGGACGAACAAUGGGAACUCUUCCAGAAACAGCGCUCAACAAAAAACAAAAAACCAUCUCUAAGUGGUAAUAUGCCCCUUCAAGAAAUCAACACUGCCAGUAAAUUUAGCCCUUCUGGCAGCAAUACCAUUUACCAAGUGAUCCGCAAAAACCACAAUAUUAUCAAUGAACAGAAGAAAGUUAUUGAAAAUGUACACAACAGUUUGAAAGACCUACAUUUAUAUGAUCAGAAAGAUGCUUGGAGCUACAGGAACCUCUCUCCAUACAAACUUGGUGAAAACAAGCUAUCCAGCUUGGCUGAUACUCUCCUUGAAAACAAGACACAGCCAGAAGCAGAGACUCCACAAGUGACAGCCAUUUCUCCUUUAAAGCAGUCUCAACUACGAGAGCACUUAUCCAAGAGAGUGGUACCCCUUGUUAAAUCAGUCUCCCCAGAUACUAGUAUCACUCUUCCGACUCAGUCAGCGUCCAAGCCAGCUUCUGCAGUAGUCAAUGCACAAAAGCAGGGUUUUGGUUUGAAGCCAAGUACUGCGACUGCUGGCGGUGAUGAUGAGAUCAGCCUAAUUGGACAGGCCCGGUCAAUAAGCACGAGUACCCCGCUGAAGCCUGAUACAAAGACUGGGCUCUUUCCAUCUAUACAGAUUUCCAAUUAUGCCAGUGGUCUCAACCUAGAAGACAUCUCCUCGGCAGAAUCUGUGACAGGUGAUGACUGGCCUGGGGUAGAAGAGGAGGAUGAUGAUGACGACGAAGAAGAAUGUGAGGAGGAAGAGGAGGAAGAUGACGAUGAAGAAGAAGAGGAGGAAGAGGAUGUAGAGGAAUAUUCAGCUCUUGACAUUGCAGAAGAGAAGCAAACUGAGGCAACAACUGAAGAUUCUUCAAAAUCUGCUCAGAAAUUACCAACUACUGCAAGUCCUCCCUAUGUUUUUGGCGUUGCUGACAAGCUCGGUGCAUCGUCUUCCUUUUUGGCAACUACAUCAACCAAGGUGAAUCAGUUUACAACAACACAAGUGACCAAAUCUCCGUCUUUAGCCAAUACUAACAAGCCACAGUCACAAAUAUUCAAGCCCCCAGAACAAUCUUCAACUCUUGGAAGUCUUCUUGCCACCCCCAAAUCAUCCGAGGAAUCAACUAGCAAGGGCUUAUUUGGCAAUAGCACAGCAACAUUUUCAUUCCCUGGUUCAAAAUUUAAUACCAGUUCAGCUAAUGAUCUCUCAAAGCCACUUGCUCCAACUACAAAACACUCAAUAUUUUCAUUUUCCCAAGAGAAUACUGGAAUCGGCACUGCAGCUGCUGCCACAGACACUAAAAGUGCUCAGAAUAUUUUUUCAUUUGUUCCUUCUUCAGCCAGCACCACCACUACGGCUACUAACGAAGCAGUUGCAUCAAAUACGUCCAUUCCAAGUGCAGCUGCAACCACGAAGUCGAAGCCGAUAUCUACAUCACAGGGUUUGAGCAAUUUACAGAUGUUUAACGAAAACCCCUUCCAAGCUCCAACAGAGGGUUUCUCUUUUGAUGGAACCUCUACUGGGAUUGAAUCUACAGGUGCAAGCUUUCCACAACAACACUCCCCUCAAACAACCGCCACCGCCACUGCAGCUGUUCCUCUUACUGCAGGUUUAUUUACCAUGCCCACUACAUCGAUUUUCAAGUCGUUCCCUCCUGCUGGUAGCACCACAUCUGAGGUUACCACCGACAAACAAAAUGCAGUAGUGUCUUCGGCAACUGAGGUAGUUUCUGCUGCACCUACUGCAGUAGCUACGGCCCCAGCUGCACAAGCAGUACCUGCAACGACAUCAUUAACUUCAAAUGAAGCACCUUUGUUCUCCACCUUGAGUAACCUCCCGAAGCUGACUUCACUGAAAACUGAGGAGUCUUUGACUUUCCCGCCACCUUCCGGAUUGACUGCAAAAAGUGCAACUGUCCCUCCAGCGUUGUCCUCAAUAACUUCACCAGUGGCUAAUGUAGUUAUCCCUGAUGCGACAACAGCUGCUGCUUCAUCUACUGCCACUCCUAUUAUGACUACCACCCCUACUAAUACUAUUUCAUUUACAGCUCCUUCUAUUGCAACUGCUGCUGCUACUACUACUUUCUCUGCUCUUGCUUCCACAUCUACAACUAUUCCAGCAGCAGCAGCAGCUGUUUCUACUACAAUCACUGCUGCUCCUACUCCUCCCAGUACUUUGUUCGGUGCCGCCUCUGCUUCUGCCCCAGCUACAGCACCGUCUACGUUUUCCGUGUCAACCACAACUGCUUUUGCAGCUCCCACAACUAAUGUGUUCACAAUGUGUUUCAACACGGCAGCCGGUACCGGUAACGCCACCUCGGGUAUUGCUGGCUCAACAGUCUCAGGAAACGCGCCUUCUGGUAGCGCUGCCAGUAUUUUCGCCAACGCUGCCAAUACGCUCUUAGGUUCACCUGUACAGGCAACAAACGCUUCAACGCCAUCGACUGUUGCUGAGCCAUUCAAAUCACCAACUUCUCAAACUUCUAACCUGUUCACCCAAAGCACAUUUCCUACAUCAUCCACGGGUAGCCCCUUGGCCAAAGGACUGUUUUGUCAAGACACUAGCGGCAGCAGCAGCACUGGACUAUUCGGUCAAGUUGCUGGCCUACCUGCAAAUACAGCAAUCGGAGGUUCUAAUAGCAUUGAUGAUUCAAGUGCCAGCAACACUGGAGCUGCCUUCAGUUCAGCCAAGACACUGUUCUCUCAGUCUAAAACUGGGUCUGUGUUUGGGCAGGCUUCAGCAUCUCCUGCAGCUUCUACGAAGGCCACAGGUCUUUUUGGGCAGACAAGCACACCUCCAAUGACUGCAUUCAAUCAGUCAGUUUUUGGUUCAACAGACAAUACCUUCAAAACAAAUGCAUUUGCACAAUCAGCAGCUUCAACAGCAUCUGUUUUUGGACAGGCUCCUUCCAGUUCGUCAGUCUUUGGGCAACCUGCAACUACUGGCAGCAACAGUGUUAGUACUGGCAGUAUAUUUGGCAGCACCAACAACCAGUCGUCCACUGCACCAGCCUCAACUGGUGGCAUUUCAGCAGGUCUGUUUUCAUCUGGAGCAUCCACACCCUUCUUCAGCGGUCUCGGUGGGAAGCCAAGUGAAGAGAACGCAAACCAGAACAUCUUUGGCAAUACUAGUCAGGUGUUCAAUUCAGGAACAACAACUCAGAAUGCAGCUAACCUGUUUGGUUCCCAGUCGCCUACAUCAGGCUUCAAGAGCGUCGCUUUGGCGAGUCCUAAACUGAGCAGCACCUUUAGCUUUGGUUCAUCAAACACUGGCGGCAGCGUGGCCAGUUCUGGCUUUAGUCUCAGCCAACAGCAGCAGCAGCAGCAGGCAAAUCAACCCCAGCAGCAGCAAGCCAGUGCCUUUGGUGGAUCUCCAAGCUUCAGUUCAUCAACAUCUUUUGGUGGAGCUCCUGCUUUUGGAAGUAAACCUGCUUUUGGAGGAGGUGCUUCAUUUGCUGGCAGUACUUUUGGAAGCGGUGCUUCACAGAUAUUUAAUUCUUCCUUCAGCGGUGGCUCAACAGGUGUUUUUGGACAGCAGUCUCCUAACGCCACUCCAGGUUUUGCUAAUUUUGCACAGAGCAGCAGUCCGACAUUUGGCAGUUUAGCACAGACUUCUCCAGUCCAAGGUUUCAAUGAAGCACCUAGCCCUCCGAAUACUGGUUUCGGUGGAUUUGCUUCAGGUUCUGCAUUUGGAGGCGGAAGUAGUGGAGGUUUUGGUUCUGCACCAGCAUUUGGGCAUUCUGCUUCUUUCACUGAUUACCGAUCCUGAAUGGUUGGAAGCAAAGAAACCAUUUAAAAGACUAGUUUAUCACCAUUUUGCUGGUUCUUUGGCAAAAGAAAAUUCUUCCAGACAAACACAUUCUUUUACAUGUAUAUAUUAAUAUACAUAUAUAUGUCUCUCUCACACACUCCAUUUAUCAUACCUGUUGUACACUAACUAUAGCCAAAGCCUCCAUCAGUCACAUUUAAAUUCCUGUGUCUAAUUAGCUUUGUUAUAUUAAAACGCUUUUUUUCUUCUCUCAAACAGACCUUUAUGAUGAUGAUAAUGAUGGUGGUAGUGUUUGUGCUCUGGUGUUGUAUAGGCAGUUGGAUGAGGUUGAGUAAAGAAACGGAGUUAAAUGACAAAACAAUGCGGAACAAAGAGAUGGGUUUCUCUCCAUUUAUUAUUUCUAGGAAUUGGAUUGGACACAGAACAUUAUGAACCGGUUUCUGCAUUACCAUUUUUUUGUACAUAUUUUUUUUCUUUUAAUUUGCUAAAAACAGACUGAACAAUUGAAAGACUUUUUUUUUUAAAUAAAUGAUUGUAUGUCAACAUACAAACUUUCUUAUGUUGACAUAGCAAAUUUCCAAGACUGUAAA